CACAAUGGAACACAAAAGUUGUCUUGCAUUCUCAGUUUCUUCCAAAGUCUGUCAGUUGAACUAAAAAGAACAGCUUCUGCAAAUGAAAAUUUCUCUUGCCCUUAAACAAAACAUUCUCAACAAAGGAAGCAAAAGAUGCAAACAAAAUUGCUAAUAUUAGAUGAUCUGGACACCAAUCACAUCCUUUUCUAAUCACUGAACACACCAUUCUGAACAAUCAUUGGUGAAUAUUGCAUAGUCAAUCCCACAAUGCUUCAAGAUACCCAAAUGAUAACUCUUGGCUCUACCCAUUUGCGGCAGAUGAAGCAAACAGAGAAAAAAACCAAUUUUGAUGAGGCCAGCCAAAGAAAAGACAACUGGAGAAGAUCCAAGAAAAUCUUCCUCCCCAAGGAAAUGGUUACACAAACCAGACACCUAGAGUCCCAAAAGGGUCUUCCAAACCACUCAAUUAUUUGACUAUGGCCUUCACAGCUAGGAGACAUAUCCAUUCCGAGCCAGCAGCACAGAAACUCAGCCAAUGAGACACUAUUCGAAAGCAGUACUUCCCAAGAACUUCCACGUUAAUCAUGACCAACGUUCCCCUACUCCUCAAAUCGGCUAAACAACGCUCAAAGAAAUUCAGGAAACUAUGCGGGAGCUUUCUCAAAUUGGUCGAUCCUAAUCUAGCAAUAGAUUCGUCUAUGAGCAUGAAUCAAACCCAACUCAAAAGACGCCGAAGCCUCAAUUCUUUUCCAUACCAACCAAAGGAAUCGCAGCAAUUAAAUAACCAUAUAAUCAGAACUCGAGCUAAGAAAACCAGACGCGACAAAACGAAUGCAACAAAAGAAAAGGGGAGAGGGGGGAAAAAGAAAAAGGCCAAUCUAACCCGAAAGAUGAAUUUGUCGAGGAGGAACCUAGCGCCGCAGAGGCACACCGCGAAGCAAACAGCGGUGACGGAAUGCCAGGGUUCCGGCGGCCCAAUGUCGCGGCUCCAGAUCCCGACGGCGUCCAUGGAGACAAAAAAAAAAAGCCUUGGAAAGAAGAAAGAGUACGUAGGACGAGAUUCCGGUACGGAUAAAAGGGUGAGCUCCCCUGCUCAGCAGCGCGGUGCGGUUGUGUUCACCGCCGGAUCGAAGCGGCCGGAGGAGAAAUGUCUGCCAUCAUUGGAUGGAAAAAGGCGCCAAGUCAGGGAGAGAUCUCAGCGGCACACAAAAAAGAAUUAGCAGACGAAGGAAUAUACGCAAAAUUUUUAUGGUUUAUUUUGCUUGCUUGGGUUCCCCAUUUUUGCUCCAGCUACUUUGUUAUUUAUUCGAGCCACCUAAAUUCGCUUCAAAAUCUGGACCAAUGUUUUCAGGAAUUAAAAAGAAAUAAAAUUACCGGGUUUUCUUUCAUGGGCGCGUCCCGUUUAACUAUAAUCUAUGGAUCUAUGGGAGUAGUUAGCUUGACUACCCCAUGGAGGGGACUGAUUUUCGACACCCCCAUCCACAACCGUCUAUCUAAAUUAGUGGUAAUGUAGGGUGAGGAUUGAGCAGCCUUUUUUGUGCAUAAAAUUCUUCAUUAGUUGGCGUCACCCACGUUGGAAAGGGGAAGAAAUUUGGGGACUGGGAAAAAACGAUUUGACUUUCCCCUUUUGAUUAUUUCCCCUUUCGUCUCUCCCACCAGACGACCAACCCUCCUCCUUCCAUCACCAGCAGCCGGCCAUCUUCGACCUUCUUCGGCGACAACAAUGGAGGUUGUUCCUUCCACCGAUCGAGAAUCAACUUGCCAACCAACUCCUUUCCUCUUCCCUUUUGCUCUAUUUCCGUCAACCACCUUCCAUCGGCGACACGACUUCGAAGAACUAACGAUUUCAUGGAACUAGUCUCCGUCCUCCCGAAAUCGACAGUAGGUGUUGGGUUUUACUCCCUUACAUUUUCCUAUUUCUACUCUUCUUUAUAUAUUUUUUUAGGUCUUUCUUCUGACUACCCUCCUCACCUUCUCGGCGAAGAUGACGGCCUCCUCCCCUUUCCGACGACGACGAAGAAUCUGAGGUAGCUCUCUCUCCCAAACCCAGAUCUGGUGAGACUCUACUGUCAAGUUUUUGACAGUAGAGUCGAGACAAGUUGGCGACAGGCACACGUGUGGUAUUAGUACUAGUUCAAUGAUAUUUUCAUUACCCAGAUAUGUGUCUUUGAGUUUCUAGGUCUGGAUUUUUUCAUGUGGUAUUAGUACCAGUGUACUGGUAUUGAUACCGGUGUAAUGUUACCACUGCAAUGGUAGUUCUACCACUGUCUGAGUUUCUGUUGAACGUUAUCAUUUAUAAGCUUUUUAUUCUCGUGGUGUUUGUAACAGUGAAGUGACAUGUCUUACCGGUGUAGUGGUACUUUUUUGCAGGUGCUUGGAGGGAGCCAGCAGGUGCAAAGAUGUAUUGGUAAUUCUACCACUACAGUGAUAGUUGUCUUACUUAUCGAACUCGUAUUUCUAUAAAAUCUUUAUUGUGGCUAAUAUUUGUACCACUUUCAGUGGUAGUUCUGUUUCCAAUUAGUUGAAGGUGUGUCUGUCACCGAAGUGGUAUAUAAUGUUUUUUAUGGCUAGUAAAAGUACCACUCCAAUGACAGUUUUGAGUUGUCUUACUUAUCGCUAGUUGUUUAUGGCUAGUUGUCUUGCUUAUCGCUCUCGCAUUUCUAUCACUUCAAUGAUAUUUCUGAUUAUUGUCUUCCUACCCAAUGACCUCAGGAAUGGCCAUGACGAAGAGGAAACGGUAAAAAUUGAGAUAGGCCAAGCUCCUGCCUCGAGUGCGGGUACCAACAAAAAAUGGCAUCGUGAGAGCCAGUAUAAGCAACACAAGCAACUCAAUAUACCAAUACUCAUACUUACUUGAUCAUGAAAUAUAAUUCUGGCACAAGCAACACAAUAAACAUUUCAAUCAGUCAACAAAAUAGGAACUUUCCAUUAGUAGCCAAAAACUGUGAUCCAAAAUGGGUUGCAAAAUUAGGGAAAUGCCAACAACAAUGCCAAAAGCAAUAAAUUAUCCCUCGAAUG